UCUUACAAAAGUGGGCGUCAGUGAAAUAAAACCGAAAGUAUCGAGGAGGGAAAGUGAUCUGUUCCUGAAAAUCUCGUCUUAUUGUUUCUGACAGUUUGCGUUCAAUAUGUCCAAAACUAAAGUGCUGAAGGUAAAUGCUGAUAAUGCCGUGAAGAUUGAAAACUACCGCCAGGCACUAUAUAAGCAGGCAGAAGAAUUGUUCUCGAAUCACAUUCCUCUGAAGAUUUCGCAGCUUAACAACCUGCUGAAGGGGGGUGAGUUCAGUAUCACUGACCUCUCAUCUCUCCAUGCACCCCUUGACAUUCCCAUUCCUGACCCACCAGUUCCUGAGGAUGAGGAGAUGGAGACAGAUAAGAAUGAAGAUGAUGAUAAAAAGAAGAAGAAAGCUCCAAAGUGCGGCUUCAUCAAAGGAAAUGAGCGAAUUGUGAAGUUGCUUGAUAUUGUGAAACCAGAGAUAAUUGCUCUUAAGGAGACCUGCAUCACUGUCUCUUGCUGGAUUUCUCAUCUCAUCCCUAAAAUAGAGGAUGGAAAUGAUUUUGGAGUAGCGAUACAGGAAAAAAUCAUUGAGAGAAUUAAUGCUGUGAAGACCAAGGUGGAGGGUUUUCAGACCAACAUUAACAAGUACUUCUCAGAGAGAGGCGAUGCAGUGGCGAAAGCCUCCAAAGAGACCCAUGUGAUGGAUUAUCGCUCUUUGGUGCAUGAGAAGGACGAAGCGGCAUAUUUCGAGAUCAGAGUGAUUUUGCUUGAUAUACGUGGAUUCUACGCUGAACUUUAUGAUGUCAUCAGCAAAAACCUGGAAAAAGUAACGAACCCCAAAGGAGAAGAGAAGCCUUCCAUGUACUGAGACAGAUGCAUGCUGGAGCAAAAUGUAGUGGUGAUACAAAUCAUACAGACAAAACUGAACACAGGAUUCAUAACUUCAGAUUACUUUACAUGUUUUACAUUCAAUGGAAACAUCCUUAAUGUUGUUUGAAACACUGAAACUUAUUAAAAGAAUCAAUACAUUUGAA